AUGUCUUCAUCAAAGCUGAUUGUAGCUGUUCUUGGUGGCCCAUCCCCUGGCAUAAAGGAAGCUUGGCCAUCCAUUACAUCCGGUCACGACACAGAUCCCUUCCCACUAGCUAUACAAUGCUUCUCACAGGACCAAGCGGAUAGAAUCAUGAGACUGCAGAACUAUACCGUCAAGUUCAUUGAGGGGAAUUCACCUAGUACUAUCUUCGCAACCUUGGCUAUUUUCAAGGAGGACAUCACAGGCUUUUUUCCCAAUCACGAAGAGUUCUUUAGCAUUGUUCACGGAUGGAAAGUUGGUAUAUUUCUGGAUAGGCCAAUGGCCCUUGCACAGGUCAACGGCCUUGAAAUCCAGAAGUUCCAUAAAUUCAAGACGCUAAUCGAAGCUCUCCACUUCAUGAUAUUCAAGGGCAAUAUUCCUAAUGACGAGUCUCAGCUGACUUCAACUGGUUUGACUCGCGAUACCAAGUCCUUUGUGACGAUACAUCGAUCAUCCACUUCUCAAAGGCAGCAUGGGGUGCCUCAACCUGCAAGUUUACAGCAGCUUGCAACUCAAUUCAAGCAGCUUCAAGUGAAAUCGCCCACCUCCUACCAGUCUAUUGACAGUUCAUCACUGCCCAUCGUUUUCCACUAUAAUAGGUCGCUUUCUGGAAUCACAGGGAUAGUUUUUGUCGGAGAAUCUGAUAAUAUCAACUCAGACUCACCUCCCGCUGGUGUCCUUGGUAUUGAUGCUGAAAAGUACCUCUUCGCAUAUGGCUACCAAGCGUCAGCCAUAUGGAGCAUCAUUCAUGCUUUUAGGGAAGGACAUUCGUCUCAAGAUUUCACUAACUAUCUCUGCACUAGAGGAAUGCCUCUGUUGGAGGCCAAAUAUCUUUUCGAGUUGAUUUCAGGACGUGACGUCUAUCUUUGUGAUAGUGCCUUCAUCUAG